CAGCACCAGCUCUGCCACUACCAGGAGCGGAGAAACAAGGAGAUGGCCGACUAGAAGGCAGCGUUAUCUUUGCUACUUCGCCUGCGAGAUUCCUUUUACGUUACACAGUUUCACAGCAGAAGCAGAGGGAGUACUGUACAGUUAUUUCGCUCCUCUUCAACCAUGGCAGAACAGAACAGCAGCGUCAGAUAUCAGGAGCUGGUGAAUGAGGAAGAGCCCGCCCAGCCUUCCCAGGAGGGUCCUGCCCAGGACGCCCCACCACCAUACAGCAGCAUUGCUGCAGCAAAUGCAGCUUUCUUUGAAUACAAGGAAGAUGGAGGAAGAUUUCCCAACCCUCCAUCCUACAGCGUUGCCACCACUUUGCCCUCCUAUGAUGAAGCUGAGAGAAGCAAAGCAGAGGCGGCCAUCCCGCUGGUCGCUGGAAGAGUCACGGAGGAAGACUUUGUGGCCAGAGAUGACUUUGAUGAUGCUGACCAGCUGCGAAUAGGAAACGACGGCAUCUUCAUGCUCACUUUCUUCAUGGCAUUCCUCUUCAACUGGAUUGGCUUCUUCUUGUCGUUCUGUUUGACCACAUCAGCCGCCGGCAGAUACGGGGCCAUCUCAGGCUUUGGCCUGUCGCUCAUCAAAUGGGUUCUUAUUGUCAGGUUUUCGACCUACUUCCCCGGUUACUUUGAUGGGCAGUACUGGUUGUGGUGGGUGUUCUUGGCACUUGGCUUUAUGCUGUUUAUCAGAGGCUUCGUGAACUACUCCAGAGUGCGUAAACUGGCUGAUCCCACUUACGCCACCCUUCCUCGAACAAGGGUACUCUUCAUCUAUUAAAGGACGUGGAAGAACUGGAUGUGAAGAAGAAGAGGAGUUUAAAGUAAAAGAAGACACUUAACCAGAAAUCAGCCAGAUGAGUUCCAGAUGAAGACGACUCGAGUCAAUAAAAAAAUAAUAAUAAUCAGGAAUUAUAUCACUCGUUUUCUUUUGUUUCAAAACUUUAUUAAAGACAAAUGGUUAACAGUAAUAGUCCCUCAAUGUACUCAUUAGUGGCGAAUGUUAAGUGCUAUUUACAUCUGUCUGUAAUGUAUAAGUAAUGCCUUAUAUCAUUUGAUGGUAGCAUACGAGCAUGCAUCUGCCCUUAAGGUCAAUUAAAUAGGGAGAGUCUCGUGUUGGCGACACUUGAAGCCAACAGGUAUUAAUUAGCACAACACUCUGUAAGCUUGCCAUAGCAUGCAACACACUUUAUAAUAAUCUGCUCUUCGAGGUUUAAGCUCUUUUUAGAUUUCUUUAGGCUGUGAAUGCAGAAGUACACAUGAACACAUCCUCCACUCACCUGUUGGCUUUAAGCAGUAUUGCCAGGAGGGGACAGUGUUGUCUGCAGCUUUUAGAAACUGUCAUAGUAGAUGCGAUUCACACACAGCAAAGCGGCAUCCAUGAUUUUUGCCUGUUACAAUGUUUUUGUUGUACAUUAAGUCAGGUAAAACUCUCCAACCAGGGAAGAGAAUUCAAGUUGCAUGUACAGGUUGAUCCUAGAAGAUGGAAAAGGAACUCGAUGGCUUCAAAUGUCAAGUGACAAAACCCGGAGCUGCUCUGCUGACAGCUGUGGAGACGCCAAAUUUCUUUUGGCACUGACAGUGACCGAGAUGAUUUUUAGGGGAAAUGAGCACAUUUUCUGGUCCAUGUCCUCACAAAUACCAAUUAGAUGUAACAGCGUGACCUCUCGGUGACUCAGAGAGUCUUUCUAGUCCACGUCCCACUCGCUGUCAGAGGAAAAGCUGUCGGGAUUUCAGUACAUAGAAAUGAACUUGCAUUUUACUUCCAGGUGGGUGUUUGCCUCAAGGUUUAAUUGAUGAUUAUUUCUCAAUUUUUCAUACUAUGUAAGAAGGUUUCUCUGUUGUAUUAUUAAUUAUUAUCAAAGAAUGUUUAAUGCAGGUGCACUUUUAGAAACACAGCCAAUAAGAACGUUCCCAUCAUUAGAUUAAGUCACAGACACAAAGCAAGUGGUGCAGGAUGUUGUUUUAUAAUGACGCUUGAAUCAACAGUUCAUAUUUCAUAUGCCAUGGCUUUCAUUUACAGACCAGUUAUGCUUCUUUCUAUGUGAUGUAGAGCUGCAGCCUGGGAUUUUGUUGUUAUCAAACUGUACAGAAACUGUUUAGUGUUAAAUAAAUGUCACUUUAAAUGCA